AUGGUUAGUGCAAUAAAGGCAGCCAUUGGAGAUGCAGUGUUGACUUUCGCAUGGGUCUUCUUCUCUUCCAUGUUGGGAUUGAUCACUAGCGCCAUAACCAAAGCACUUGAUCUUCAAUAUGUGUCUUACAAUGGUUUUGAUUAUCCUUCUGUUAUGAUUACCACUUCCCUCAUUUUCGUCUUGGUCUUCAUCUUCACCAUCAUUGGCAAUGCAUUGGGUGGUGCUAGCUUCAACCCCACCGGCAAUGCUUCCUUCUAUGCAGCUGGUCUUGGCUCAGAUACCCUUUUCUCUAUGGCUCUCCGUUUCCCUGCUCAGGCAUUAGGUGCAGUGGGUGGUGCUCUGGCAAUUAUGGAGGUUAUGCCACCAAAAUACAGGCACAUGAUUGGAGGGCCUUCUUUAAAGGUUGACUUGCAUACUGGAGCUGUUGCAGAAGGGGUUCUAACAUUUGUAAUCAGUUUUGUUGUUCUCUUCAUCAUGCUCAGGGGUCCUCGGAGUGAGUUUGUGAAGACUUGGUUGAUGGCCAUGUCAACCGUAGCUUUGAUCAUUGCCGGUUCUGCUUACACGGGACCAUCCAUGAAUCCUGCCUUUGCUUUUGGUUGGGCAUACUUAGACAACUGGCACAACACAUGGGACCAAUUCUAUGUUUACUGGAUUGCCCCCUUCAUUGGAGCAAUACUGGCUGCUUGGUUUUUCCGUAUUGUCUUUCCACCAAGAGUAGUAAAACAGAAGAAAGCCUGA